CGACCUACCCCGACCCAACUCCACAUCCAUAAAACACGCUUGGACCAUAAAAUGGCCAGCACCAUCCAUUACCCCCAAAUGGACAGCUUCCUUCCCCACCACCAUUACGUCGACAAUACAUCGCCCACCAGACUGCGCGGGGACCCGGCCAAAUUCACCGGCUCAACGCUCGUCGACGCGCCGACCGAAGAAGACUCCAACUUGACCCUCAGCAUGAACUCCGUCUCUAGCAUAGCCGAUCCCCUAGCUGCCGUCAUGCAUACGGGAUCCUUCUAUGACCCGUGGCAUUGCAAUUACAUGGACGAGGAGGCAACGCAUUUGCGCGCGGCCUCCGCCUUUUUCAAGUACAGCGGGCUUUCUGACGGCUUGCUCCAUCAUCUUCCGUCGACGUCGACGGCAAGCGACAGCAACGUGGCCGAGAGCUCCGAGAGCAUCAGCAGCGGCCAAGCUUUCUCCGACGACGGUUCCUCGCCUACCAUUGCGCCCGCGGCCCUGCUCGCGUACAACAACCCUAUGAACGCCGGCGACGCGGAAGACGACUCCGAUGAGCUCACUGCCACUCCAUCGGACAACAACAGCGACGACAACGACAAUGAUGAUGUCGUCUCCACCAACAACAAGAAGCGCCGCAGAUCCGCCAACGACGCCGAGGGCAACAACAAGAGCCGCACCAACAACACACCCACCUCACCCCACCCCAAGCGACGCCACACAACCACAAACCUCCCCAUCAACACCAACACCAACUCCAACUCCAACUCCAACAACACCAGCAGCAUCAAGCGCGAGCGCUUCCUCGAGAAAAACCGCGCCGCCGCGCACCGCUGCCGGCAGAAGAAGAAGAAGUGGGCCGUCGACAUGGACGACCAGUGCCGCGAGCUGAAAGCCCGCAACGCCUCGCUGCAGCUGCACAUAGCGCAGCUGAACGACGAGGCCUACGGGCUCAAGAUGCUCCUCCUCCAGCAUGGCGACUGCGGCUUCCCGCCUAUUAUGGCGUAUAUUGAGGAGACAGCUGAGGGGCUGGUGCAGCAUCAGCUGCGGCGACGGCAGCAGCAGAAGGGCGAGGAGGCGGCGUGUUAGGUUGUUGGGGUGGGUUGAGCGGUGGUGGUGGGGAGGAAAAAUGACAUGGCCCCCCUAGGCCUAAGUAUGGCACAUGGCACAUGGCACAUGGCAGCAGCAGCAGCAGGCGCGUUUGGCAUUUGUUGGCAUUUUCUGGGCGAGGGCAGGCCCAACUUACCUAGGUUAAUACACGAAGCA